UGACGUUAAUCCUGGUAAAGUGCGUAGUGAGUCUACAGUACCAGGAACACUGGUCAUCAUGUGGGAGGAGUUGGACCAGCGUUUGCACAACGGGCCAAGGUUCCAGUAUAAGGUGUCAUGGCGACAGGCCCAGGGGCGGGAGCCACACUGGAGCCACACCCAUGUGCCAGGUCCUCCCUACCUGGUUAACGGAACCGGAGCAUUCUCUAGUUACCAAAUGAAGGUCCAGGCUGUCAACUCUCUGGGAGAGGGGCCGCAUCCUGUACCCAGCAUAGGACACUCUGGAGAGGACUACCCGCUGGCCUCUCCAUCUAACAUCAGUGUGUCAGUAGCUAACAGCUCAUCCAGCGUCAGGUGGCAGCCGGUUGACACACACACGGUCCAGGGUCACCUGCUUGGUUACAAGAUCUAUCUGAAGAGGUUGGGUUCCCAGGGAGGAGCGAUGGAGCACAGAGAGGAGAGCGAGAUGGAGGGAGGAGUGGAGCGAGGGAUGGAGAGAGAGGAGGAGGGGUUGGUUGUGGUGGUGCAGGGCAGCAAGACAGAAGAGACGGUGACAGGGCUCAAACUCUAUUCGCUGUACGAGCUGUCAAUCACAACCUUCAACAGCAAGGGGGAGGGGCCUCACUCACCGACACACCGCUUCAGCACGCCGGAGGGAGUUCCUGGUCCUCCUGCGUCUCUGGGUUUUGAGAGUCCGUCGGAGACAGAGUUAACCCUUCACUGGAGGCCCCCCAUUCAGCCCAACGGACGACUUGUGGGAUACGUUCUACAGUACCAACAGAUUUCAGACAGCGGAGACAGUCCUCUACAGUUAGAGGUGAUCUAUGAUCCCACGGUGACCCACUUCCUGUUGGAAGGUCUGGACCCUCAUAGCCGCUACGUCUUCUACCUGAGGGGACGCACUACUGCCGGACAGGGACCCCCAAUCACACGGGAGUGUGCCACCCUGCUGGACGGAGUCCCUCCCAGUAACAUCAGUAUAGUGGUAGGAGAAACGUCUGUCAACCUGAGCUGGGUCCCUGGAGACAGAUACAGGAACCACAGCUUCCACAUCAAAUACCUCAGCAAGACUGUUGGGGGUAAGUGGGAGGAGUCAGAACAGGUUAACACGAUGCAGGCAUUCUAUUCGCUGACGGGUCUUCAGCCUGGAACACAGUACCGCCUCCUCAUCACCCAUGGCAACUACACACACUGGGAGGAGGAGAUACAGACCACCGGUCCAGAGCCACAUGGUGUGGAAGGUGAUUUUGCUACUCAGGGCUGGUUCAUAGGGAUGAUCAGUGCUGUGGUGUUGCUGAUGUUGCUGCUUCUGGUUCUCUGUUUCAUCAAGAGGAGUAAGGGGGGCAAGUAUGCAGUCAAAGACAAGGAAGAGAAUCAGAUGGACUCUGAGGCUCGGCCAAUGAAAGAUGAGACUUUCGGAGAGUACAGAUCUCUGGAAAGUGAUGGUGAUGAGAAGCGGUCAGUCAGUCAGCCGUCACUGUGUGUGGAGAGUAAACUGGGGAGUGACGACUCCCUCGCCGAAUACGGAGACAGCGUCGACAUCCAGUUCAAUGAGGACGGCUCUUUCAUUGGUCAAUACAGCGGCCGAGGGCCCGCCCCUACAGGAAAUGAGAGCUCUGGCCCCGCCUCCCCUGUCAAUCAAGACCCCCCGCCUCCUCCAAUAGGCCCCUCCUUCUCCGGAAUACUGGACAGGCCCAGUUAGAUAGAACAGAACACACACCAUCAGACUGCCCACAUGAAGACCCAUCAUUACUGACACCACUGCCAUCAGACUGCCCACAUGAAGACCCCAUCAUUACUGACACCACUGCCAUCAGACUGCCCACAUGAAGACCCCAUCAUUACUGAUACCACUGCCAUCAGACUGCCCACAUGAAGACCCCAUCAUUACUGACACCACUGCCAUCAGACUGCCCAC